AUGGUUGUUAAUUCGCCCAUUAGCGAACAUUUAUACACACAUCAUAAUAUUAAUACUUACUUAUGUAAUCGUGAUACAUUUUCUAAAACUUUUGGUAAUUCUUAUACAAACCACAAUUAUGUAAGUAAUAAUAUUUGUAAUUCUAAUCUUAAAAUAUUUUAUCAGAAUGUGCGUGGCCUUAAAACUAAGCUAAUUAACAUUAGGUGUGCUUUUCCAAUGUUUUCCAUUUAUGAUAUUAUAAUUCUAACAGAAACCUGGCUAUCGCCUGAUAUAAAAGAUGCUGAACUGGGCUUCGUUGGCUUUCAAGUAUAUAGGCUAGACAGAAAUCCUAAUAACAGCUCUUUUUCCCGUGGUGGUGGUGUUCUUAUUGCUAUAAAAUCCUCACUUGAAUCUCAUCCUGUUCCUUUAAAUGUCUCGAAUGUUGAGCAAGUCUAUGCUUUAGUGUCCAUUAACAUAAAUAAUUUUCUGGUUGGCUGUGUAUACCUUCCUCCUGUAGCACCUCUUACAAUAGUCGAGUCUCAUCUCUCCUCUGUCGAAAACGUCUUAUCAAACCUCAAACCUCAUUCAGUUUUUUGUGGUGAUUUUAACAUCCCUCAUAUUAACUGGUCUUCGGAUUUGUUAGGACUUUCUGCUUCGGGAGAUUUGAAUCCUGUUUCGCACACUAUCGUCAACUCUUUUUUAUUCCACAACUUCUUCCAGCUAAACUCAAUUUCAAAUAAUCAAGGAAGUACUCUUGACCUCAUAUUUUCAAACUCAAAUAAAGUCACAGUUUGCUUAGCUACUGAGCCUCUUGUAAUACCUGACUCUUACCACCCUCCACAGCACAUACGAGUUCCUAUUAAAGCUAAAAAUAAAUAUUCCAAUACUCAUACUUAUAAGGAUUUUAAAAGUGCCAACUACUAUGCCAUAUCAAGUUUUCUUAGUUACUAUAAUAUUGGGAAGCCACCUUUCCUCUGUAUUCAGUUGAUGGUGCAGCGACUAUUUUCAACGAAGCACUGCUUUAAUCAAUUCAAUGGUAUGUUCCUAAUAAGACCUUUCAUUCUCCGAAAUUCCCUAACUGGACUUCCCCUGUUCUUAAGAAUCUCAUAUUACAUAAAAAAACGUGCACAUGCUGCUUAUAAACGCUCCAAUUCUCCAGCUAACUAUUCCGCUUUCUCAGAGCUUAGAGCAAAAUGUAAACGUUUGUCCAAAAUUUACUACCAAUCAUAG